UUUUUGAGGCAGCACAAAUUUCAGAGUUCAGAGAAAGGCAUCUUUUCCAGUCAUGCUCAUUAAAGACCUUGGACAAACACAGAAUUACUUGCUCAACACCUGUCCUUACCGUGACUGUUCCCUUCCUGGCGUUAUGAUGAACUGACUUCACAGAGACCAGAUCUUAGCUGGCGACUGUCCUCACUGACUCCAGUUUCAGGUGUCAUCAGUUUCACAAUGGAGUCUCUCAUUGCAGCAAACUCCAAAUUUUGUUUCGAUUUUUUCCAAGAGAUAAGCAAAGGUGACUGUCACAGAAACAUCUUCUUCUGUCCUCUGAGCCUCUCGGCUGCCCUCGGCAUGGUCCGCCUGGGGGCCCGAAGCGACAGCGCCCGUCAGAUCGACCAGGUACUACACUUCAGUGAAUUGUCCCAGAAUGAAAGCAAAGGACAUGAUUCCUGCCUGAAAAGCAAAACACAAGAAGUGCGGGCUGACAGCUCUCAGGAAGGACAGCAGGAAGUCACAGGGCCUCUGAUUCUGCAGGAUGAGUGGUCAAACGAUGACAGUGGACUGCUCAGCUGCUGCUUCGGGCGGCUUCUCUCCAAGUUAGGCAGGAUCAGAGUUGAUUGCACCCUGAGUAUUGCCAAUAGGCUUUAUGGAGAGCAGGAGUUCCCGAUCUGCCCGGAAUACUUAGAUGGUGUGGUUCAAUUUUAUCACACAACGAUCGAAAGUAUUGACUUCCGGAAAGACACUGAAAAGUCCAGACAAGAGAUUAAUUUCUGGGUUGAAUCUCAAUCCCAAGGUAAAAUCAAGGAGCUCUUCAGCAAGGACACAAUUAACAAUGCCACCGUGCUGGUGCUGGUGAAUGCUGUUUACUUCAAGGCCAAAUGGGAAAAAUAUUUUGACUCUGAAAACACAGUUGAUGCACUUUUCUCUGUAAAUGAGAGUGAAAAGAAGACUGUGAAGAUGAUGAAUCAAAAGGGUCUGUUUAGAAUCGGCUUCAUCGAGGAGCUGCAGGCGCAGAUCCUUGAGAUGAGGUACACCAAGGGGGCCCUCAGCAUGUUCGUCCUGCUGCCAGCGUGCUCCGCAGAUGACCUGAAGGGCCUGGAAGAGCUCGAAAAGAAUAUCACCUAUGAAAAAAUAGUGGCCUGGAGCAGCUCAGAAAAUAUGUCAGAAGAAAGAGUAGAUGUCUCCUUUCCUAAGUUCACCCUGGAAGACAGCUACGAUCUCAAUUCCAUUCUACGAGGCAUGGGCAUCACAGAUAUCUUUGAGGAAAGGAAGGCUGAUCUGACGGGGAUUUCUCCAACUCCCAAGUUGUACCUGUCAAAAAUUGUCCAUAAAACCUUUGUGGAAGUGGAUGAGAACGGUUCCGAGGCGGCCGCAGCCAGUGGGGUUGUGGGUGUGGAAAAGUCCGUACCGUCCUGGGUGACGUUCAAUGCUAAUCAUCCUUUCCUCUUCUUCAUCAGACACAACAAAACCCAAACCAUUCUCUUCUAUGGCAGGGUCUGCUGUCCUUGAAAGGGGCACGCUGUCUAGUACUUAGGAGCGGGAACAAAGGGUGACAAGUGUUCCCCUGGCUUAACGUGGGGAUUUGCUCCUUUGCUAAUACCUCAAGCCGGCCGAGUCCCCGCACAGCCCCGCGCUCCCUCCCCCAGCCACCAGCCCAUGCCUGUCCUGAUCUUUCUCUUACCCUGUAGCUGGUUUUCAUCUAAAUCCAUUAGUACCGAAAGGCCCUUGCCCCCUCCUAACCUCUCGCCACCCUGAGCGUUCCAGCAUAGCAAUUCACCCUCUGGCACUUGGAGGUCAACAUAAUUGAGAAUAAUACUGACUUUAAGUUACCUUAUCUCCUGAUGAAGGAAUCCUGAAAGUUCAAGUCAUUAGACGGCUUCUAGGAGAUGGCAAACCCAGAAAACACCUUAACAGGGGUGGCAAGAGGAAAUGUUUAAACGGAAUGUGUUUGGAAACUCAGCUCUCUCUCUGCAGCAGUUAAAAUGGUGGCGCACCUCUGGGCAAGAUGCCCUGCUGCCUACGCUUCCAUCUUCUUCUCCUGCAUGAAAGAUGUCGUGUGAGGUUCUUCUCAUGGGCGAAAGGAGGGCUUGGGGAUGCCUUUAAGCGAUAGCUCAAGACUGCCCCAACCAGCACACAUUCUGCACAGAGCAGGAGAAUGGUAUUUGCUUUGUGAAUUUGAUAUUGACCCAGAAGAGUGGCAAGUGGGUUUAAGAGAGUUGGUCUCAGUUUUCCUUACUGAGUAUCCUUGGCUAUCACCAUGAAGCAAGGUCUCUGUUUCUUCACCCCUCCCUCAGAGAAGUCUUAUCUGUGGUUACUAAGAAAUACCCAGCAUGUUGAGGUGGGGGAGAGAAGGCUCCCUGGGGACCUUUGGGCUUCCCAUUCCCCUUUUCUGUACCCUGACCACAUGGACCUAGUUGUCUUCCCAGAGGCGUUGUCCCUGGUCACAUCCUGAGAGCAGGCCAGGUGCAUGAGGCCAGGUGCAAUGCACAUGGAAAUCUUUGGCAGGAAGACCCUUGCUGCAUAUAAGUUCUAUACUGAAAGCCCGACACCUUAGAAUUCAAGAGUUGAGGACCUGGGACAUUCGAGUUCCCUGAGUUCUUGAUCUCUGGCUUGGCUGAACACUCUGCAACGACUACGGACAGGCCCCACUCAGGAACUGGUCAGUCUCUGGUCCAUGGACAUGAAUUUCUGGUCUUGGCUGUGGCUUAGUUUCCCUGCCCUAGUACCAUUUGCCUCCCAGGCGCUGCUGUGUUGGUUAGGUGUGGCUGUCACAGUUUUUUCAGAAGAAGAUAGGUUCACUUCACUGCUGUCAGGCUGGUCCCUGCCUCCAGGUCCCCUCUACACCAGUGGGACACAAGAUCCAUGCUCUUCAUACAGGCUUGUUCAUGGUAUAAAAAACUUUCUCAUUCAAAAUCCAAGGCAGUUUGAGGCAGCUCUUUGCAGUCCUUUACCCAGAAUGCAUGUCCCAUAGGUCAAAUUUAUCUCAGAUAAUAUAUAGGCUUUUGUGUGGUUCUUGUUUGGUGUUGCUAUUGUGAGGACUCAUUUGUGCUGACCUGGCAUAGCUGCUGGACACUGAGCUGGGUAACCAUGACCUAUCUGCAGGGGGGCAUUGAGCUGGGUAACCAUGACCCAUCUGCAGGGGGGCAUUGAGCUGGGUGGGUAACCAUGACCCAUCUACAGGGGGGCAUUGAGCUGGGUAACCAUGACCCAUCUGCAGGGGGGCAUUGAGCUGGGUAACCAUGACCUAUCUGCAGGGGGUGCAUUGUCCGGCACCGCUUCUGUUCUUACUCUUUUCCUUGACAAACAUAUUUUCUCAUUUGUACUGGAAUUUUUCAGAAUUUUAAUUAUGGGGCAAAAUGUAUCUAUUUAUAAUAAUGAGAAAGAGUGAGAUUCUUAAAUCUUUCCAUAAAUCAGUGAACUUAUUCUUUUCUAAUCUUUGACUGAUUAAAAUGUCUUUCUUAGUGAAUAAAUCACUUUGUCAUUAGUUAAA